AGCGGUCUUCUGAUUGGCCGGCGGCUGGAGGGCUCCUCCCACCGGCGCUGGCCCCGCCCCGUCGUCGGCCACGCCGGCGCGGGCCGGCCGGCUGAGCGGCACCAGUCGACUCGCUGUAGCCGAGAGUGGCGCCUGUGUUCCCGCUGCUGCUGCCGCCGCCAUGACCGUCGAAGACAAAUCGGACAGCUGUUCGGAGGCCUCCGGGUCGGAGCUGGAGUCGCCGCCGCCGGCGCCGGCCCCCGCUCGGCCGACCCUAUCGUUCAGCGUCGAGUCGCUGCUGAGUCGCGAGCCGCGGCCGACUCGAGUCAGCGUCAGCAGUCCGGCGUCGAGCCCGGCUGGCUCUCCGGAGCCGGGCCGGCAGUUCGGCAGCGGCGCCGUCAGCCCUGCCGUGUCAGCCGCCGCUGCCGCCGCCGCUACGGCAGCAGCCGUGUCGGCCGCCUCUGCGCCGCUGCGGCCCGAGCUGCUGUCCCCGUACAGGAUCCACCCGUCGAUUGCACAGCAGCGCUUCUGGCCCACCGGCCUGCCGCUCAGCCUGCACUCGCCCAAACAGAAGUCAGAUGCCGACGACAGUCCCAAGCUGCUGCUGCCGCUGUCGGUGCACCUGCGGAAGCACAAGCCGAACCGCAAGCCGCGCACGCCCUUCACCAACCAGCAGCUGCUCUCGCUGGAGAACAAGUUCAAGCAGAAGCAGUACCUCUCCAUCGCCGAGCGGGCCGAGUUCUCCAACGAGCUCAGCCUCACCGAGACCCAGGUGAAGAUCUGGUUCCAGAACCGGCGCGCCAAGUCGAAGCGCCUGCAGGAGGCUGAGGUGGAGAAGCUGCGGAUGGCCGCUAACCCGAUGCUGCCUGGCUUCCACAUGUUCCCUGGGGCGGCCGUGCCGCUAGUGCCGUCCCUGGCCGGCCUGCCGCUGCCCGGCCAGGUGCCCCGCUCGCUGCACAUGCCGCUGCCGACAUCCCAGUCCCUGUUACUGGCCAGCCGGGCGCCCUGAGGGAUCGGCCGGAGCGGUCACCGGGGAAGGGCUGGGACGGGGUGGGUGCGUGUGAGAUGGAUGAUUGUCUUGCUUGGUGCUACUGGGGAUCAGACGCUGUGGCUCCUGCCACCGGGCGGUCUGAGAUCCUCAGUGCCAGGCUCGUUUGAAGUAAAGCUUUAUUUCGGGAGGGCUCGGCCGGGCGGCCGCACUAGUCUCCUCCUCCGCUCCUUUCUCGUUGCGUGCGGCCAGGGGCGACCGCGGCACCCGUUUCUAUGACAAAUGCGUCGUCGCCGCUGACGAUAGAAGCGCAAUGCUCUCGCGACUGUGGGCGUUCUCGUUCAGUCCGCGAGAAGCAGCGGGCUCUCCGAUGAGAGGAGUUCUCUCUUCGAUCAGGGGUUAUCAUGUGGACCCGAUAUCUGUGAUACGUUAGUGUGUAGUCACCGCCGAGCGAAUCGAUCCUGUGUGCGAAGUGUCGCUUGCCUGUGUCUAUCCAAUGUUCCUCUGUACUGACUUCACUGACCUGCGACGAUGCCCACAUUUUUCGUAAGAGGCGAGGCAUCCGGGCGUUGGUUGCUCUUCUGUUCACUGAAAAGCGCAGGCCUCACGCACUUCCGUGGUUAGUGAACUGCUGUGCACUUUUGCACUUUGACUGUGCUCAUUCCGGACCAAGUAUUUACAAUCUGUAUCUGUCGCUGCAUUUUAGGCCGAUAAUUAUCCGAGGUAUUUCAUAUCGUUCCGCUUCGUCCCAUACGUGCCGUAUUAUCUCCAUAUAUAUGAUCCGUUCUUUCGAGCUAAAAUUUGUAUACAAGUGUCUUAUGAUUCGUCAGAUGAUAUUAUAAUUUAAUAUAAUUGUAUUAUUGUGGA